CGUGGGUGGAGGACCCCCCAGCAGCCUCGGCAGUGACCAUGGACUCCGUGGCCGAGCCGCGCUGGCCUCCGGGCCUGGCCGUCUUGAAGCCAGUAGAUGAUUUGCUGCGAUGUGGAAUUUGCUUUGAAUACUUCAACAUUGCAAUGAUGAUUCCUCAGUGUUCACAUAACUAUUGUUCUCUAUGUAUAAGAAAAUUUCUGUCUUACAAAACUCAGUGUCCAACUUGCUGUGUGACUGUCACAGAGCCGGACCUGAAAAAUAACCGUGUGUUAGAUGAACUGGUAAAAAGCUUGAAUUUUGCACGGGAUCAUCUGUUGCGGCUGGCUUUGGAGUCGCCGCCCAUGUCUCCCGUUUCCUCCUCUGCCAAGAGACUUGCCGUCAGAGCCCCUACUUCCGUGGCAUCCAGGCCUCCUGCAAAGCAGGCAAGCAGGCUGAUGGACAGUUUCCUGAUCAGAGAGGGCGCCAGUCCCGGCCCGGAGCUGUUGUCAAGCGAAAAGGAGAACACGCUCACCCCGCAGAACGAUGUGAGCAGCUCGGCUGAGUCCACGGGGACGUGGCUCUCAGAGGUGACGACUCCCAGCUCCUCCGAGGCCAGGCGCCCGGACACCCCUUCAACGUCCACUUUGAAACACGUCACCAAAGUGGAUUGUCCUGUCUGUGGGGUCAGCAUCCCAGAGAAUCACAUUAAUAAGCACCUCGACAGCUGUUUAUCACGGGAAGAGAAGAAGGAGAGCCUCAGAAGUUCUGUUCACAAAAGGAAGCCACUGCCUAAAACCGUGUACAACUUGCUCUCCGAUCGUGAUUUGAAGAAAAAGCUGAAACAGCAUGGAUUGUCUAUUCAAGGAAGUAAACAACAGCUUAUUAAAAGACACCAAGAAUUCGUGCAUAUGUACAAUGCCCAGUGUGACGCUCUGCACCCUAAAUCAGCUGCAGAAAUAGUUCAAGAACUCGAAAAUAUGGAGAAGACCAGGAUGCGCUUUGAAGCUAGUAAACUCAACGAAAGCGUAAUGGUUUUUACAAAGGACCAGACAGAAGAAGAAAUAGAUGAAAUCCACAGUAAAUAUCGAAAGAAACAUCACAGUGAAUUUCAGCUUCUGGUGGACCAGGCCAAAAAGGGAUACAAGAAGGCUGUGGGGAUGGCCAACAUCAAAGGACCAAGGGAAGAAGACGAGCCCCCUGGAAAGUCGCCGUCCCCGUGCGUGGGAGAAGAAGUUGAUGAAAUGGAAUUCUCGGGGAUAACGCCGGUGGCAGCCCGUUUCUCUCCAUCAAAGCUGAGCUCCCCAGGGAAGCAGGGCCCAGGUGAUUCUUCCCAUUACGCCGAUGCCCCAGAAGCAACUCUGCUUUCGUCAGAGUCUGGUUCCUGCAAUAGUUCCAGUUCAGACAUCAUCAGAGAUCUCCUGGAGGAAGAGGAAGCCUGGGAAGCCGCCCAUAAAAACCAUCUUCAAGACACGGACUUUAGUACCAGACAAAGUCGCCGUGCAAGAGUCGCAGGGAACGCCGAGGUCGAACCAAGGAACAAGCGUAAUAGGAAUUAGCGUGGCUUUCACACCUUCUCAGGCAGAACGUGCUGCUGCUUGUUGCCCUGCUCAGAUCUCAUGCUUAUAAACUCCCGAGAGGACGCUGAAUUGUAAACACUGCAGUCGGCUGUUUUCAUUCUUUUCUGCCAUUCUGGAAAUGAGCUGCACAGUUAUCUUCCAGGGUCUGUUGCUUUCUUCCUCUAGGACCCCCCCCCCCUCGCGCUGGCCUCCGCGUCCUCAAGCUUGGGGGAGGGGUGGCAACCUCUUUGCCAAGGGGCUUGUUGGAUUGCCAGUUUCCAGAAUGUUCUAGCACUGUUCUCUGCCGUGGAGGGUGCGGCUUCAGGAAAGGAUCCUCUCUGACCUCUCCCCACAGAUGCAGUUGAAUGAAGAGUACCAUGUGGUGGGGCCGGCAGGAUGGGGUCAUCUGUGCAGCGGGCACUGCCGGUGACCAGCCUGCCCGUGCAGUUGGCACAGAACACUGUUACCUGAGAUCAUUUGUCCAGUGGGCACUGCCGGUGACCAACCUGCCUGUGCAGCUAACACAGGAAACUGUUGCCUGGGGUCAUCUGUGCAGCGGGCACUGCCGGUGACCAGCCAGCCUGUGCAGCUAACACAGGACACUGUUACCUGGGGUCAUCUGUGCAGCGGGCAUUGCUGGUGACCAGCCUGCCCGUGCAGCUGGCACAAAAGGCUGCCCACGUGGUUGCUGGUAAAACUACUAUUAAUGUUUUAAGUCAGAGUCACGAAGUCAAACUUCGAAACAUUGGGGCUGUCCUGAAAUGGCACUUUAAGAAGACUGCUGUGGUAUUUUCUCACUUGGGUGGAAUGUCAGCUACUAAACAAAAAGUAUACAAUAAAUGAAUUUUAGAAAUGAACAGUCUCUUUACCAGUCGAAAAUAAUUCCUUGUGGCAGGAGUUUAGGCCAGUGGUUGAGAUGCCCACGUCAGGGGACCUGAAUGCAGCACCGGACUCAGGUCCUGGCUCCGGCCAGCGGGAGACAGUGGCUGAGUUCCGUGUGGGAGUCCUGGACUGCGUUCCCCGUUCUGGCUUCCGCCUUGGCUGUGGCCGCAGCAGGAGGCUGGAGGCGCAGACCAGCAGGUAGGAGCUGUUUCUGUGCUUCAUGCCGUGCACUUCUGUGCAUGCAAGUGUACUGACAUGCAACAAGAUAACAUCCUGAAACCAGUGUCCGGGGAGUCGAGUCCUGGCUGCACAUCGCUGGGAUGGGUGGUCAGGCGCCCAGCCCAAGCACCAGUGUUAGCACAGCCGGCUCACAGAUGUUCCGGUCCAGCGUUUUAGAUGUCUCCCUUGGUGCUGGCUGCUUGGUGUGCUUGGGGUACCUGAUAAUGCGUGGAGUCUGACUAUGACUCAAGUUUGGCCCUUUGAUUCUGAAUCACAGCCUUCUGUUUUCUUCAUCAGUUUCCUGAUGUGAGAAAUUAGCCCACCAGAGCCACCUGUCCAUGAGAGGCUGACUGAGGCAAGAAGUGAGCGAGAGCCAGGCUAACAGC